AUGCCUUUAUUUUCCAAGAAAAUCGUGCCAACUGACAUCACGACAAACAUCGAGAAAGCCACGAACCCCUCAGUGACAGAGCUGGAUUGGUCGCUUGUAUUUCAAAUCUGUGAUUCUAUAAAUUCAUCAGAAUUAGGUGCCAAAGAAGCCAGAAAACUCCUUCAAAAAAAGAUGAUCUCGAAUGAUCCCAAGACUCAGGUGCUCGCUUUGGAGAUAUUAAAUUCUCUGUCUGAAAACUGUCCUGCAAAGUUUCAACCACAGUUGGCUGCUAAAUCGUUCGGUGAAGAGCUUCAUACUUUGGCUUCAUCCAAGAAUACGGACGAUAGAGUACAUGGUAAACUUGCACAAUGCUUGCAAACGUGGGUUAGUCAAACUGGUGGAGAUCCACAGUACGGAGCUGUGAGAAGGGCUCAUGACAUUAUGAUGAACGGCGCUGCAUUAUCAGGUACCAAUAACAGUAGAAGACAGGUGCAUGGACAAUCUAGGAGCACACAUGCCAGCACGCCAAGAGAACCUCCCAAGCCUGCAGAUGUGAAGGGUGAUAUUGAGCUUGCCAAGAACAGUGCUCAACUAUUUUCUCAAACCUUGUCCUUCACUGACCCCACACAAGAGGACAUCUCCAAAAACGCAUUGAUCCAAGAAUUCUACAACAACUGUAGAAACGCACAGCAAAUAUUAGCUUCUCAUUUGGAAACAUGCGAAGACUCUGAAAUUAUCUCCGCCCUGAUUAAUGCCAACAAUGAAUUAUUGAGCUGUUUCAAGUCGUAUGAUGAAAUGUUGGAGCAAGCCACUGUCAAUCAAGCCACUGUCAACUCACAAACACUUCAUGAUCGUACCUCUCGCAAUGACGAGCAGCUUAGACAGCAGCAACAGCAACUAAUCGAUGAAGACUUGAUUCCAUCUUCUUCGUCCUCUCAACCUCAUCCUCAACCUCAAGCGCAAUCUCAACAAUACGCUCCCCCUUCUCCUCCUCCUACUGCGAAUGCCAACACGGCCAAUUCACACAAUCCCUAUCAAAUCUGCAACACUUUAAGUGAUGAUCCUUUUGAUCCAUUUGCUGAUACAAACCAGGCUUCCGAUGCCUCGAAUAAUGCAGGAAACACCUUGCCUCCACCUUUGAUUCCUCAAAAGAUGCACCAAUAA